AUUUGUGACGUGGAUUACAUUGUGACAUCACAGAAGUUAAAAUGUCUUACUCGAUUCGUGAACGACAAAUUGGAGCUCUUAGAUCUGUUUUAAACUUAGGAGCGCAAGUUACAAAGAAUAUUGAACCAGAAUGGAAGGUUUUGAUUUACGAUAACGCUGGCCAAGAUAUUAUUACCCCGCUGUUCUCGGUGGCCGAUCUUCGUAAUUAUGGAGUUACGUUGUACACCUCGCUUCACGGGCAACGAGAUGCUGUGCCCGAUGUUUCAGCUGUUUAUUUUGUUUUACCAACCGAAAAUAACAUCAAGCGAAUAUGCGAAGACAUGAACAAUGGACUUUACGAUUCGUAUUAUUUCAACUUUAUUUCAGCGAUCUCACGUAAGAAACUGGAAGAUCUCGCAAGUGCAGCCAUACAUGCCGAUGUCGCGUCAAAUGUUAUGAAGAUAUUUGACCAAUAUGUCAACUUUACGACACUUGAACAUGAUCUGUUCGAAUUGAAUUCUGCAUCUGAUCUAUCUUAUUAUAAUUUCAACAAAUCGAAUUUGAAAGAUCACGAGAUGGAUGAAAUAAUCAACGCGAUUGUUGAUGGGUUAUAUUGUGUGUUUGUUACCAUGGGUACGAUCCCCAUCAUCCGAUGUCCAACGGGUAAUGCUGCUGAAAUGGUUGCCACAAAGUUAGACAAGAAGUUACGUGAUAAUUUGAAAGACGCGCGGAAUAGUUUCUUUAGCCUUACAAAUACAAUGGUUGAACCUGGACAACAAAUAACGAACUUUCAACGACCUUUGCUACUUAUAGCUGAUCGAAAUAUUGACCUCGCGACCCCUCUACAUCAUACAUGGACGUACCAAGCUUUGGUACACGACGUACUUGACAUGAAGCUAAACAAAGUGAUUGUUACGGAGACAGUGGAUGACAAUGCUAUGGCUCGUCCAAUGAAAACGCAAAGUUUUAAUCUUGGUUCCACGGAUAAAUUCUGGCAUCAACACAGGGGAAACCCCUUCCCACAAGUGGCUGAGGCUGUGCAAGAAGAAAUUGAGGAAUAUAAGUCGCACGAAGGUGAGGUACAACGCUUGAAGGCCGUCAUGGGAUUGGCCGAAUCAGAUCAAGCCGUUGAUAUUUCUGACAACACGGCCAAACUAACAUCGGCCAUGAGUUCGUUGCCUCAGCUUUUGGAGAAGAAAAGAUUAAUCGAUAUUCAUACAACGAUCGCUACUGCUGUGCUGGGGAGUAUUAAAGAACGGAAAUUGGACGAAUAUUUUGAAACUGAGGAAAAGUUGAUGAGCAAAACAACAGGAGAAAAACCAUUGAUUGAAUUUCUUAGAGAUUCAAAAGGGGGAUCCCCUGAAGAUAAAAUGAGAUUGUUUCUAAUUUAUUAUAUUUGCCAAUCACAAGUAAAUGAUUUAGAUGAAUUGAUCCGGGCAUUGGAAGAUUCCGGUUGCGACAUCGAUGCGUUAAAAUACGUGAAACGAUGGAAACAAUACACUAUGGUCGGCGACGUAGGGGUCAGGGGGGGUGGAACCAAAACUAUCGGGAUGUUUUCGCAUCUUAUGAGUACAGGGUCGCAGUUUGUAAUGGAGGGCGUGAAAAACUUAGUUUUGAAGAAACAUAAACUUCCUCUCACCAAGAUACUUGACAACCUGAUGGAACUAAAGUCCAACCAAGAAAUUGAUUCUUAUCGUUACUUUGACCCUAAACUUGCCCGAGCGCUCGACACAAGCAUGGGGCGCGCUAAAGCUCCUUAUACAGAUGCUGUAGUGUUUGUGGUUGGAGGUGGCAACUAUAUCGAGUAUCACAACAUCAUGGAGUAUUCGCGCAACAAACCUGGAAGGAGGGUUGCUUAUGGUUGUAGCCAACUACUCAACGCAAACCAAUUCCUUCAACAAUUAUGCCAACUUGGAAAGGAAAUUCAAUAAUUUAUAUUGUGUGUAAAUAAUAAUGAUUGUUGUAAAUAAAUAAAGAUAUUAUGAUGUCAUAAACUGUUCAUGCAUCAAAUAAAGUUGCGAGAUUAAUUUGA